UGUACAGAUGAACGUGGUACCUUCAAGCAUUUGGAAAUUGCUCCCAAGGAUGAACCAGACUUGUGGAGUUUUUUGAUUUCUUUUGAUUUUCCCAUGAUGUCAAGCAAAGAGUUUGAAGGUGAAGGAAGAAGAAUAAAGUGGUGUGUAAAGAGGAACAACUCCAAGCAAACCACUGAAGCCCACUACAUACUAUUGGGGAAAAAAUGAUGUCUGUUAAAGAAGAGAGUGAAGACUUCAGUUAUCCAGAGCCAUGGAUAAUGACAUAUGAAGAUACCGAGGAACAAAGAGAUUUGAUGGAGGUAAAAGAGGAGAGUCAAGAUCUGAAGGACUUCGAGGAGAUACAUCAAUGUGGUAUAUCUGAUAACCUCAGAACUGUACAAAAAUCCAGUUGUUCUCAGACUGAAAAGUAUUUCUCACAGAAAAGAACUCAAACAACAAAAGACCAAAAUGAUUUUGCCUGCUCUGAGUGUGGAAAGAGUUUCACACACAAACAAAACCUUAACACUCACUUAAAACUUCACUCAGGAGAGAAGCUUGUCACCUGCCACCAAUGUGGAAAGAGUUUCACAAAGAAACAAUACCUUAGGUAUCACAUGAGAAUUCACACUGGAGAGAAGUCUUUCAUCUGCCAACAGUGUGGAAAGAGUUUCACACUGAAAGAAGGUCUUAAGAAGCACCUGAUAAUUCACACUGGAGAGAAGCCUUUCACAUGCCCUCAAUGUGGAAAGAGUUUCACACAAAAAGGAAGCCUUAAUAGGCACCUGAGUCUUCACUCUGGACAGAAGCCUUUCACAUGCCAUCAGUGUGGUAAGAGAUUCACACAAGAAGUAAACCUUAAAAGUCACAUGAGGAUUCAUACUGGAGACAGGCCUUUCACAUGUCUUCAGUGUGGAAAGAGUUUCAUCCAUGCAAGCCAUCUCACAACUCAUCUGCGGUUUCACUCUGGAUUAAGGCCAUUUAACUGUGAUCAGUGUGGCAAAACAUUUGUAUUGGCAUCAUAUCUAAAAGCACACCUUACAAUUCAUGCAAAUGAGAAGACAUACGUAUGUUCUUGGUGUGGAAAGAGUUUCAUUAGUCAAGGAAGCCUGAAAAGCCACGAGAGAGUGCAUACUAGAGAGAAGCCACACCACUGCAUAUCAUGUGGAAAGAGUUUCACCCGGUCAAUUGGUUUACAGAUGCAUUUAGAAAAGCAUUGUCCAAAGCUGUCAAAGUGAGCAUAGUUUAUCUUUAAGGUCAUCACUUAUUAAAUGCAGCACAACACUGUUUUAAUGUAACAUCUUGACAGCCUGAUAAUGGUUGUGGUUAGAAAUAAAAAAAUAAAUAAAUAAAUAAAAAGUAUAAUAAAUGACAUGUAUAACAAUUGCCUGCCUGAUUUGAUUGAAUUGAACUUUAGCACUGGAGCAGAUGCAGCUCACUGAACAAGUGGGAGGACAGACGUGUGAAAGUGUAGGUGCAUAGAUUUUACUGAUUGGUUAGCUAUCCGAUUAUGAAAAGACCAAGUAAAAUGAAUUUGAGACAGAUAUGAAUUGGAUCCUAGCUGUAGAGGUGGUAUCAAGUCAUUUUUAUUUUUAUAGCGCCUUUCACAACACACAUAGUUUCAAAGCAGCUUUACAGAAGGUCAUGCAUUAUCAGAAAAUGAAACUGUAAUAUCUAUAAUGUCUCAGAGUCAUCCUUGUGUAGUUUGAUAAAAUACAGUUGUGAAUUAUGUUUAAAAAUAAGUAAUUUUUAUUAUGCGAAAUUUAACAGGUAGCCAAUGUAACGACGAUAAAAUGAGGCUAAUAUGAUCAUAUUUCUUGGUUCUAAUCAGCACUCUGGCUGCUGCAUUUUGAACCAAUUGAAGUUUUUUUAUUGAUCUUGCUGGACAUCCUCCCAGUAAUGCAUUACAAUAAUCUAGUCUUGAGGUCAUGAGCGCAUGAAUUAAUUUUUCGGCAUCAGCAACAGAGAGCAUGUGUCGUAAUUUAGCAAUAUUUCUUAGGUGGAAGAAUGCUGUUCUACAAACAUUGGUAAUUUGAUUUUCAAAGGACAGACUGGUAUCAAAUAUAACACCUAAGUUCUUCGCUGUUGAAGACGAUGUAACAGUACAUCCAUCGAGAGUCAAAUGAUAUUUUAGCGGCUUGUUUUUAGAGGUUUUUGGUCCAAUAAUUAGUACCUCAUCAGGUUUUGAAGAAAUAUAAAGUUGGGUAUCGUCGGCAUAACAGUGGACACUUAUUUUACGAUUCCUGAUAAUAUAUCCCAUGGGAAGCAUAUACAAGGAGAAAAGCAUAGUCCCUAAAACUGAUCCCUGUGGCACUCCAUACUUUUGUUUGGUUUGAUAAUUCCUCAUUUACAUAGACAAAGUGGUAGUGGUCUGCUAAAUAGGACCUAAACCAUGCUAAUGCAACUCCACAAAUACCAACAUAAUUCUAACAAAAGCCUAUUCAAGAGAAUGUCGUGACCUAUCAUGUCGAAUGCAGCACUAAGAUCUAAAAGCACUAGAAGAGAAAUGCAGCCAUGAUCAGAUGAUAAGAGCAAGUCAUUUGUAACUCUGAUAGGUGCAGUCUCUGUCACUGUCAUGGGGCCUAAAUCCUGACUGAAAUUGUUCAUAUAUAUAUACUAUUUCUCUGUAGAAACGAACAUAUUUGGGAGGAUACUAUCUUUUCUAGUAUUUUCGACAUAAACGGGAUAUUUGAAAUCGGUCUGUAAUUAGCCAGUUCUCCAGGAUUAAAUUGUGGCUUCUUAAUAAGCGGUUGAUAACUGCCAUUUUAAAGUUUCUUGGGACAUGUCCUAAGAAUAGCGAGGAGUUAAUAAUAUUAAGAAGAGGUUCUGAGAUUACAGGGAAUACCUCUUUUAAGAGCUUGGUUGGUAUUGGAUCUAACAUACAUGUUGUGGCAUUUUAAUGUUUUGAUAAGUUCUGUUAGCUGUUCAUGACCUAUGAUGGAAGGAUUGAAGUUGCAUGUGAGGAAAAUUAUGAGACACUGUUUUCUGAGGUACUGUGACAGACGAUUGCAUAAUUCUAAUUUUAUUUAUGAUUAUUUCAAUUUUAUCAGUAAAGAAAUUCAUGAAGUCAUUUCUUGUGUGCCGCGACAGAAUAUUUGGUUCUUUUGAGGCUUUAUUCCUAACCAAUUUAGCCACAGUACUGAAUAAACACCUAGGAUUGUUGUGGUUAUUUUCUAUGAGUUUGCUAAAAUAUGUCUGUAGCUACAGACACUAUCCUUCCAUGCACCGUGAAAUGCCUCUGAUUUUGUAUUCUUCCACUUGCGCUCCAUUUUCCGAGCUGCUCUCUUGAGGGCAUGAGUGUGAUCAUUGUACCAUGGUGCAUGGACUUUUUUAUUUAAUUUUCUUUCAUCGAAGGGUGGCGACACUAUCAAGAGUGCUAGAGAAGACUGUAUUUAUAUUUUCUGUUAUUUCAUCAAGUUCUUCUAGGCUUUGGGGUUUACUGAGUGUAUGAGAUAGAUCUGGAAGAUUAUUAGUGAAACUAUCUUUAGUGGUCGAAAGAAUAGAUCUACCUGAACGAUAGCGUGGUGUAGAUUGAGUAACAUUAGCUGAUCGCAGCAUACAAGAGACUAGGUAAUGAUCCGAGAUGUCAUUGCUCUGCGGCAGAAUUUCUAUAGUAUCAAAAUCAACUCCAUUGGACAGAAUUAAAUCUAGCGUAUGAUUAUGGCGAUGAGUUCGUCCUGUUACAUUUUUUCUGACUCCAAGAGAGUUGAGAAUAUCAAAAAAUCCUAAUCCCAAUGUGUCAUUUUCAUUAUCUAUGUAAAUGUUGAAGUCACCAACAAUUAAAGCUCUAUCUACAGUAACUACAAGAUCUGAUAAAAAAUUUGCAAAUUCACCAAGGAAAUCAGAAUAAGGCCCGGGUGAUCUAUACUGUAGCAAGGGUAAAAGACAACAGAGUUUUUUUAUUUAUAUCUGACGGUGUCACAUUAAGCAUUAUUAGUUCAAAAGACUUAAAUUUAUAUCCUGUCCUCUGAGUAACACCAAAAACUUCACUGUAAAUUGUAGCAACACCUCCUCGACCCUUCAGACGAGGCUCAUGUUUAUAACAAUAACCUGGGGGAGUAGAUUCAUUUAAACUAAUAUAUUCAUCUGGUUUAAGCCAGGUUUCAGUCAAACAGAGCGCAUCCAAAUUAUGAUCUAUAAUAAUUUAAUUUACAAUUAGUGCUUUGGUAGAAAGAGAUCUAAUGUUUAGUAGCCCUAUCUUUAUAAGAUGGUUAUGUUUAAUGUUUUAGUUUUGUUCAAGUUUGACCUUAAUAAAAAAAUGUCUAAAUGAUUUAGUGAGAGUUUUGUAUUUGGUAGUUUGGGGAACAGACACAGUCUCUGUGUGAUAUCUAGGUGAUACAGUGUCUAUGUGUUGUAGUUUAUGUGACCUGUGUGACGUUUCAAGGCAGCUAGCAGACGUUCGGAUUAACCAGUUUUCAUUUUAUAUUGUGAAGCAGUUUGUGCUAAGUUGUUAAA